GCUCAGCUCUGAGUCAGAGGGGGCUGGAGGACCCGGGACACAGAGAGGGGGGCGUUCCGCACCCACCGGACUUUUGUUAGAGAAAAGUUCGUGCUACAGGACAUUAGACGAAGCUGUGGCACGAGAGAGAAGAGGAAGAAAACACACCAACAAAACCAAAUCAAACAAAAAAACGACUUUCUUUUUGGAGUUUAUCAGAGAGCGUUUAUAACUUUUUGCCGCGAUGCUGCCCAAAACUCUCCUGCUGUUGCUGGUGUCUGCGCACGCUGCCUCGGCUGCAAAGGAUAAGAACAAUUCACUUGGGAGGACUUUUGGAGCAAAUAGACACUUUGGAUCAGUUGAACUUCUAGAUCUGUCACAGUUUGACCAGGAUGGUUAUAUUUCCUUUAUUAAUGAUUCUGGAAGUGGCCAUAGACUUUUAAACCAAACAGCCGGGCAUAAGAACAGCAGCGUGAGGGACCCAAUCACAGAUGAGGCCCAACUGUUCCUCACAAGCCCUCUGUCCACCAUCUUCAUGCCCUCCUUCUACACCCUCGUCUGCCUCAUCAGUGUUCCUCUCAAUGCUAUCGCUGUGGUAACCUUCACCCGACACAUCCGGCCCAUGAAGCCUGCGGUGAUCUAUAUGCUCAAUCUAGCCUGUGCUGACUUGCUCUUUGCGCUGCUGCUUCCCUUCAAAAUCUACUACCACUUCAACGGCAAUGACUGGACAUUUGGACCGGUGAUGUGUCGUGUGGUCACAGCGGCCUUCUACUGCAACAUGUAUUGCUCCGUUCUCCUCAUAGCUUGCAUCAGUGUGGACCGACAGCUGGCUGUAGUCUACCCGAUAGACUCUCUGUCAUGGAGGAGGCCACGGAACGCAGUCAUAGCCUGUGUGGCCAUGUGGAUUCUAGCUGUGGCUGGCUCGGUGCCCCUGGUCAUCUUUGAGCAGACGUUUUAUUUAAAGGGCCUGGGCAUCAACACCUGCCAUGAUGUCCAGUAUGUGGAUGACCUACAGGGGUUCUACAAAAUUUACUUCUCAACCAUCUGCUGCUUCCUCUUUUUCCUGCCUCUGCUCAUCACAGCGGUGUCCUACACUCGGGUGAUCUGGUCACUGAGCAGGGUCCCACACGGGAUUACAGGACAUUCACGCAGAAAGGCAAGGGCAAUGGUAAUGGCACUGACAGUGCUGGUGCUGUUUGUGUUGUGUUUCACCCCCACCAACUGUCUGCUGCUGGUACACUACCUGCAGAUUAGCACAAACGAAACAGGUUCCAGCGAUGGCACCUAUGUAGCCUAUUUGGUGUUUUUGUGUUUGGGCAGUGUCAGCUGUUGCCUGGAUCCCCUGAUCUACUACUUUGGAUCGUCUCAAUGCCAGAGACAGCUGUCGGGCGUGCUGAGAUGUCAGAAGAAAUUGGAAUUUGGAAAGAACACCAGUGCAUCAUCUGAUUCAUCCAGGACAAGCACAAGAACAAUUCUUACAUCCAGCUUUAAGAAAAAUUCCAAGAAAACCCCUCCAGUCUCCAAAACCGACUCCUUCCAAGCAAGCCUGAACAGCCAAUACAAGAAACUACUGGUGUGAAAGGACUGCCAUGUUGAGGAGGAAUGGAUCAAAGUCAAGCUGUGAUCACAUUUCACUGUGCUGUGAAACAGAAGAACUGGUUUAAUAUGAAGUCCAUGACAUGUAAUAGAAAAUGAACAAAAAUAUACUGGAGCAUAACAGCAAGCUAUUUUAGUACUCAUUAUAAUGUGUUUUUCUUUGAAUGCUAUAAUGAAGGAAAGUCAUGAUGACAGAAAAAAAAGGUUUAUAGCUGAAUUUUGCAAUGAUGAGUCAUGAGAGCUUUCAUUCCAGUAGAUAUUCACUGACAAAUAGUGUGUAGAAGUGAGCAGACAGUAUUAGUAAAAGCAUAUGAGGAAGGAGUUAUUUUAGGGUAGAUUAAAACUGGCUGGUUCUUAGAAACUCAGAAUUCUUGCACCAAAGAAUACCCUGUCAUCGCUGUACUACAUAUGCACAUGAGUUUUGAAUUAUUCCAUAUGUAUUACAAUUAAUAGAAGAGAACUUCUUAUCUGCAGUUAUAUCACAUUUGUCAUGUAUUAUUUUCAUCAGUUUGUUACUGAAAUGCAUAUUCUCAUGCACCUGAGCUUAGCCUGUGUAAAGCUGUCAAACAGUAUUUACCUUGUACUUUGUACAUAUUCUUGCAUAUUCUUGUACAACAUUUAGCACUUUUUCUGACUUAUGUAUGUAUGUGUGAAUGAAGCAUGUGUUUGAAUGGUCACAGUGAAAGUAAACCCAAUAUGUGAUAAAAGUCAGUUGUUGCAUAAUCUGGUUCAUGCUGAUCCCUGCUGGUGGAAACUGUUUGCAUGGCCUCAGAAGCAUAAGUAAUGAGACAAACUUGUCAGUAGCCAAGGUUUUUCUUCCUCCAGUAGGUGGUGCUACAUCACCAUUCACACAAAAACAGUAACUGGAAGUCAUUAUUUCAAAAGUGAGGAGGACUGCAUGAGGAAGAUCAUUUUAUAUAUAUAUACAUAAAAAUAAAUCUUAAUGUUGUGUCACUUUUGUUGUGCGUGUAUACUCCU